AUGAGGGUUCUCUUAACUAAUGAUGAUGGUGGCCCGAACGACUUAGCUAGUCCUUAUGUUAAGUACUUGGUAGAGGCCAUUGAAAAGCACACCGACUGGGAACUCACAAUCUGCAUUCCUUCUUCUCAGAAAUCUUGGAUUGGUAAAGCCCAUUUUGCUGGUAAAGAUGUCACCGUGAAAUAUAUAUACUCCAGCAUUGAGAAUCCCCAGGACAAUUCAUAUCAUGGACCAUUUGGUUACCCUCAGAAAAGACUUCGAGAAGAUGUCACGCUGAAAGAGUGGUGCCUUGUUGACGAUGGUACUCCGGCAACUUGUGCCGACAUAGGUAUCAAUCACAUUUGCGGCCAUGAAAACGUUGACCUUGUCAUAAGUGGGCCUAAUGUCGGUCGAAAUUCUACUUCCUUGUACGCGUUAUCUAGUGGAACUAUUGGAGGUGCUAUGGAAGGCUGCUCGCAUGGAAAGAAAGCCGUUGCCGUAUCCUAUGCCUACGAAAAAAGGUUUGAUACUGACCCCACCAUUCUAAGACAGGCAGCACUACUUUCCGUCAAGAUCAUUGAGAAUUUAUAUCAGCAGUGGAGAGAGGGUAUCGAUUUGUACUCGAUUAACAUCCCAUUGGUGCCCGACCUUAGAUUUGGUACAACAAAAAUCUACAAAGUGCCUAUGCUCAAAAAUAGAUGGGGGAAAUCCUUAUUUAAAGCUUCUGAAAAUGUUGUUGAAGAAAGCGCCGACGUUAGACAUUCAGAUAUUGUUGAUCAGUCCGUUAGUGCUGGCCAACUGUUCAAGUGGAACCCUGAUUUUGCUCAGGUGCAUAGAGACGUUGCCGGUAGUGAGCAAAUAUCAGAUGGUAAGGUGAUAUCUGAAGGGGCUGUUAGUGUCACUGCUAUAAAGGCUAUAUAUGAACAGGUGGACUCCUUCAACCACGGAGAAAUGAUUCUCGAGUAA